GUUCCAACAGCAUCAACUGCUCAAAAAUAUAAAUAAAAAAAUUAAAAACAUCACCAAUUUAAUCAUCAAGAAUUAUUGAUAAUAAAAAAUAAUAAAAAAUGGCAAAUGUAGGAGCAAGUAUGUUUGCAAGAGCAACAUUUCUUCCUUCAUUAUUUUACAAUAUGAUGAUGGAAAAAGUAUCAUCAAGAAGAUGGUACGAUAGAAUUGAUGACACUGUAAUUCUUGGUGCUCUACCAUUUAGAAAUAUGACCAAACAGCUUGUCAGUGAUGAAAAUAUUUCUGCUGUUGUAUCAAUGAACGAGGAUUAUGAGCUCAAGCUUUUUUCAAAUACAUCAGAAGACUGGGCAGUACAUAAUGUACAAUUUCUUCAGUUAUCAACAACUGACAUCUUCGAAACACCGUGUCAAGAUAAACUACAAAAAGGAGUUAAUUUUAUAAAUAAAUUUAGUGGUAACAAUGAUAAAUCUUCAAAUGUAAAUAAUGGUACUGUUUAUGUACAUUGUAAAGCUGGAAGAACGAGAAGUGCAACAUUGGUUGGUUGUUAUUUGAUGAAGAAACAUGGCUGGACACCUUCAGAAGCUGUUGAUUUUAUGAAAAGUAAACGAGAACAUAUUCUUCUUCAUACAGCCCAGUGGCAAGCACUCAAAACAUUCUAUAAAAAUCAUGUUGAAAAAGAUCAAAAACGUUAUUAAAUAAUAAUUAAUAAAAUCUUAGAAAAUA